CAAAGACCUUCAGAAUGAAUUGAGCUUGCUGAAAACACUUUUUUGAGCUACGCUUGGCUCUUUUGUUCUUAAUAAACAGCCUCAAGCCCCUGAUGGAUCCAAAAUUCAGAGAAUAUGGACUUAUUCCGGGUCAGACUAAAUUGUAUCGAUCACUAUCAAGCAACACCCUCGCGAUAUGACCCCCAGCUUCGUAACGACAUUCGCCCCUCUCAGAUAUCCAAAGGACCCAGAGUCCCUGUUGUUCGCGUGUUUGGAUCUACUGAGACGGGACAAAAAGUAUGCGCUCAUAUCCACGGCGCAUUCCCGUACUUGUACGUGGAAUAUGAAGGUGGCUUAAGUCCUGAUGAAGUCGGUGCUUAUAUAUAUCGAUUUCAUCUAUCCAUAGAUCAUGCGUUAGCAGUCAGCUAUCGACGAGAUCAGAAAGGUGACAGUGCGAGGUUCGUGGCAAGGAUCACGCUUGUCAAGGGUGUCCCCUUCUAUGGCUUUCACGUGGGAUAUCGCUUCUUCCUGAAGAUUUACAUGUUCAAUCCCAUUGUCAUGACGAGAUUGGCGGAUCUUCUUCAGCAAGGCGUGAUUAUGAAGAACAAGUUUCAGCCAUACGAAGCACAUCUUCAGUACCUUCUUCAAUUCAUGACAGACUUCAACUUGUAUGGGUGCGAUUAUCUGGAUGCAUCCAUUACUCGGUUUCGAUCUCCGGUCCCAGAAUACGAACAGGGGUCGAAUUCAUCCCACAAAUGGCACAGUCGAUCAAUCUCUAUGAAUCACAUUACCGACGAAACCACGCUCCCUCGAAGUAGCCACUGCUCGAUAGAAGUAGAUAUAUGUGUACAGGAUAUUAUAAACCGACACAAGGUCAAGGAAAGGCCUCUUCAUCAUGACUUUACGGAAAGAACCAAUCCCCUCCCUGCAGACAUGAAGCUGGUCUACAGUAUGGCUGGACUGUGGAAAGAUGAGACGAAGAGACGCAAACGAAAGAUGCAAGAUCCGACUGAGGGGAGCAGUCCAUUUCCACCAGAAGUCCUUGUAUCGAUGUCAGCCAACGCUCGUGACUCUCAACCGCAAGGCUGGCUUCAUGAGGAAGAAUUCAGGACUGAGAUCCGAAAGCUCAUCUCUGAAGAGAAACUCAGUGGCGACUCGGAAGAGCUUACUUUUGAGAAGUUUGCAAAGCCGCAUCCAUACGAAGAGCAUGUCAAUACUACUUUGGAGUCAGUUGAAGACCUCUUCCCAUCGAAACUUGCACCAGCUUUAGGAUUGCCCUUAGGUGUGGAGAUGGAACAAGAUUUACGAAGCAGUAUUGUUGUCGAUGAGGGGAAAGUACGUCAGGCUGGAGAGGCACACAAUGACUUUUAUCCUGAAGAUUCCGAUGAAGAUGCCAUUGCGGCGCUCGUGGCAAUAGAGAAGGCAGCCGCAAAAGUUUCUAGGGGGCCAACAAACCAACUACCGGAAGAAGAUCUUGAGCUAGCGGCGGCUCUCAACAUUAGUCCCGACAAAUUUGAUAAAAAGACAUUCUGGAAGUCGGCCCUUGGGGUUUGUCAAAGUGGUCUGGUGACUGGCGAACUUCCUGACCUCCCAGUAAACCAAGAGUUGCUUGAUUAUGCAGAGAACGAAGGGUUUAUCGGACGGACGGAGAAAACACCGACUAUCACCUUGUCCAGCUUGACCCAGCUGAAGCGACCCCUGGAUGAUGUUGCAUCUUCUCAGGCGUCGAACAAGAGGACAAGACUCAAUCAACCGUCGAUGAUGGACGAAGAUGAAAUGGACUUGGUUCCCGCUCCUUCAACGGACGCCAACAAGAUUCUCACCUCCCCCUUCAGAGGGGCUUCCAUUCUCAAAGGUCCUUCAUCACUUAACAAAAACGCCGGUUCUAUACUGAAAGGUGCUUCCGGCUUCAACCAAAAGCUAAAUUUUCCUACUGUCAAAGAUCAGAAUGAUCCGAACACCAAGCUUCGUCUCAGUCAGAUGAGCCAGAAGUCUGCUUCUCAGCAGACCGAUGAUGGUCGUCACACUAAGCACGUUUCGUUUAAUCCCAGUAGUUUUCUCCCUGCUGAAGCAGAGUUGUCUCAAAUGACUCUGUCAUCUUCCAUGAAAUCAUCUGGAGAACGAGGAGACGACGAAAGUCAUGAAUCGAAAAUCCAGAGAGCCAUGAGUCGAUUCGCCAGCCCGCAAGUGCACUUGGUUUCUUCUCUACCCCCUUCUGCGGCAGCUGUGGCUUCCUCUUUGAAAGAAUACGGGAUUCCUGAUGUGAUCUAUCAAGAUGCUUAUUACAGUAAGGAAAAGGAUGUCCCUGGACGGAUGCGAGAAUAUGCCGGGAAAGAGUUUCGACUGGAGGGCAACACACUGCCUUUUCUGCCUGAAUUUGACCCAACAGGGACAGCUCCAGCCAGCUACGGGCUCAGAUUUGAGACCUUUGACAAGAUUGCUGUAGAACUUAGGUAUGAGCGACAGAGGAAGAAAUGCUCGUUGAGGAGCUGGGAGCUUGCAAAUCCCCCGCCCGCGUAUGAAGAAGUCGAGGAGUGGUGGGCAGAAAAGCAACGCAGAGCAAAUUCAACGGACAGGUCUAUGAUACCAUCUACUCCCAGGCAAUAUCAAUCUCAGAUCGAUGGGCCCACACCGAAGAACAAGCACGGAUUCAAGUACACCCCAGGCAAGAAAUCAACCAGUGUCCAGCAUGAGGUGCAAUACAUGAGCACGAUGAGCUUGGAGGUUCACGUAAACACCAGAGGGAAGUUUGUGCCGAAUCCUGAGGAAGAUGAAGUUCAGUGCGUGUUCUGGGCGAUCAAGUCUGAUGGAACUGCUUCCGGCAGUCAAGAUUCAGCUGGUGUCCAAACAGGUAUUCUACUGUUGUCAAAUGACGCCGAGUUUACUCAGCGUGUCCAACGACAGACGAAUGCCGAGGUCAUCGAAGAAAACUCGGAACUGGAUCUUAUGGUUCGAAUGGUCGAAAUCGUAAGAAAUCAUGAUCCCGAUAUCCUUACCGGUUACGAAGUGCAUGGUAGUUCCUGGGGUUACUUGAUCGAGAGAGCACGACUGAAGUAUGAUUACAACCUUUGUGAUGAGUUUUCUCGUAUGAAGACCGAGUCACACGGCAGGUUUGGCAAAGAGAAUGACCGUUGGGGUUUCAAUACCACAUCCACUAUUCGGGUUACCGGCCGACAUAUGGUGAACGUCUGGAGGGCAAUGCGAGGAGAGCUCAAUCUUCUUCAAUACACCAUGGAGAACGUAGUCUGGCACCUACUCCAUCGAAGAAUACCCCAUUACUCUUGGCAGUCUUUAACAACUUGGUAUAAGGGCGGCAAGCAUAGGGAGCUCAACAGGAUGUUGAGAUACUACCAAAACCGUACAAAGAUCGAUCUUGAGAUUCUGGACGCCAACGAACUGAUUUCGAGGACCAGCGAGCAGGCGCGACUUCUGGGCGUGGACUUCUUCUCAGUUUUCUCGCGAGGAUCACAGUUCAAGGUAGAGUCGAUCAUGUUCAGAAUUGCCAAACCAGAGAACUUCCUACUAGUUUCACCGAAUCGCAAGCAGGUCGGUGGUCAGAAUGCUCUGGAGUGUUUACCACUUGUCAUGGAGCCACAAAGCGCUUUCUAUAAUAGUCCUCUUCUGGUUCUUGACUUCCAGAGUUUAUACCCGAGUGUCAUGAUCGCUUACAACUACUGCUAUUCAACCUUCUUGGGACGAGUCACCGACUGGAGGGGUAUAAACAAGAUGGGGUUUACUGAGUACAAACGCCAGAAAGGUCUCCUUGCCCUUCUGGAGGACUACAUCAACAUUGCUCCGAAUGGUAUGAUGUAUGCAAAGGCGGAAAUCCGCAAGUCACUUCUAGCUAAGAUGCUGACUGAGAUACUGGAAACUCGAGUCAUGGUGAAGAGUGGCAUGAAGCAAGACAAGGAUGAUAAAACCUUGCAGCAGCUUCUCAACAAUAGACAGCUUGCUCUCAAACUGCUCGCCAACGUCACUUAUGGUUACACUUCAGCGUCAUUCUCUGGGCGUAUGCCAUGCUCCGAGAUUGCAGACAGCAUUGUACAAACCGGCAGAGAAACUCUCGAACGAGCGAUUGCUUAUAUCCACUCUGUUGAGAAAUGGGGCGCUGAAGUCGUCUAUGGCGAUACUGACAGUCUCUUCAUCUAUUUGAAGGGCCGAACAAAAGAUGAGGCUUUCGAUAUUGGUAAUGAGAUUUCCAAGGCAAUUACCGAAAUGAAUCCUCGACCCAUCAAACUCAAAUUUGAGAAAGUGUAUCAUCCCUGUGUUCUGCUCGCCAAGAAACGUUAUGUCGGUUACAAAUACGAGAGCAAAGACCAGGUGAAGCCCGAGUUCGAUGCCAAGGGAAUAGAGACCGUCCGUCGUGACGGUACACCCGCAGAGCAGAAGAUCGAGGAAAAAGCCCUUCGUCUACUGUUUGAGACUGCAGAUCUCACUCAGGUCAAGGAUUACUUCCAAAAGCAAUGUCAGAAGAUCAUGCGCAACAAUGUUUCGGUGCAAGACUUUUGCUUUGCCAAAGAAGUGCGCCUGGGCACAUACUCGGACAAAGGUACAGCACCUGCAGGAGCUCUUAUCAGCACCAAGCGUAUGCUUCAGGAUGCUCGCGCAGAACCGCAAUAUGGUGAGAGAGUUCCAUACGUCGUUAUCACUGGUGCUCCAGGAGCGCGGCUCAUUGACCGAUGCGUUGCGCCUGAGGAACUUUUGAGUAACCCUCACUGGCAGCUCGAUGCCGAAUACUAUAUCUCGAAGAAUUUGAUUCCUCCUCUGGAGCGUAUCUUCAACCUUGUGGGUGCAAACGUACGCCAGUGGUACGACGAGAUGCCCAAGGUGCAGCGUAUUUACCAUGCAACUACGCUCGGAAAGAAGAAGACGACCCUCGAAUCAUACAUGAGAUCCACAAAUUGCCUCGUUUGUGGGCUCAAGUUCUCUCAGGAAGAUAAUGCUCUUUGUCCAUCCUGUCGCAAGAACGUUCCCUCAUCUCUUCUUACACUCCAGACACGGCUCACAACCGAGGAGCGUCGUCUUCAAGAAGUACUCUCACUCUGUCGCAGCUGUUCUGGCCUCGGACCUAUUGAGGACGUUCAGUGUGAUAGCAAGGAUUGUCCUGUGUUUUGGACACGCAUGAGGCAGGCAAGCAAGACGAAGGGACAGCGCACUACAAGUCAACCUGUGAUACAGUCGUUGGUGGACAGUGUGGAGAAACUGUCAUUGGAGUGGUGAUAAUGGAGGAUUUGUAAGUGAUUAUGUGUUAAUGAUGAGGUGGUAUUGUGGUUUUGUACAUGCAUUGCAAGGCGUUUGGAUGAUAGGGUUGAGUUGGAUGAUGCAUGAAGAUCAUUGGUAUACCGUUAACUACCCUGCAGGUUCAGUUAGUUUUACUUUUAUACACGAUAUUGACAGCAAUUCGUCGUG